AUGCAAACGGAGAAUUCAAGAGAUAAGCAAUCGAAGAAAAAGAAAGGUCGAUCUUGGUCGGAAGCAUCCAAAAUUGAUGAGGUCAUUGUUGAGAGUGCAGAGUCGUCGUCGUUGGUGGUGCAGCAGCAGACAAAUCCUGCUUUUGAGGAGCUACGAGUGGCAGAGGUAGCAGUGCCAUCAGCUGGUGCUACCAUCUUGGAAGAUGGUGACACUUCAGAAAUGGUCCUGCUGAAGGCAGCUGUUGCAAAAGAAAAAAAGAAGGACAAGGUGUGUGGAGGUGGUGGAGGCAUUACCAGUUCUGACAGUCAAACUCAGGAAGUCCUACUUCAUCAGUUGCAAGCCCAGCCCAAUGGGGAGCAACCAAUUGCAACACCUGUGGCUGCCAUCACAGUGUCCAGAGAUGUCACAGCCACCUCUUCCUCACUGGCUACUAUGUCUAAUGAGGCUACUACACAUAACCCCAACUCCACUAUUUCUCGGGCCAUUCCAGUCGAAGGAGAUACCACCAUUGCCAAAGAAGCACCUGUCACUACAACAACAACACCUGCUGUGUCAGAGGUUUCUGGUCGACGUAACAUCCGACAGGCACUACGUCCUAAACGAUGUAAAUAUGAAUUCUAUAAUUAUCUUCCAGGCAGAAAAAGAAAUGAAGUAAAAAAUGAGAAACUUGAUAAAUAUCCUGACAAGGUCAAUUGCAGUAGUGGUGCUGGACAUCGUAGUGGUACGUCAUUAGCAACAACAUUAUUACCUUCAUCAUCUGCAUCAGCAAACCAUCUUAAUGCAUUAGCAGAUGGCAGGACAUCUGCUGCCACUACCACUGCUGCUUCUGCUGCAGCCACCACUGCUGGGAGUAGCCACCGGCAUGCUACACGUGCUUCCCUUGUUGGGGGUGGUCACUCCUUGCAGGGUGUGUUGCGGCCACAACAAACCAUGCGGGAGAUUCUAGCAAGUGUUCCUGGUGUUAGUAAAAAGCUUUUACCAGAAUGUGACCGGCUGGUUGAAGGAUCAAGGAUAAGUGCAGCUGCACUGAACAAUGAAUUCUUUUCCAAAGCCUGUCAAGAAUGGAAAGAACGACUGGCAGAAGGAGAAUUCACUCCUGAGAACCAGCAACGUUUGAAGCAAGAAGAAGAAAAGGAACAAACUAAAAUGGAUCCUUGGAAGAUGAAACACUUUGAGCAAGUGUGGGGACAGAGAACGUUCACAGAUAUUCCAAAGGCUACCGGUUCCUCACCAAUAUCUCGUCCACGUUCACCGCAAGUUACCUCCCCAAUGCGUCGCAAAACCAAACGAGUCUCCACUUUAUUCAAGCCGCGAUCAUUAGCUGUGACUGGCGGUGGCAAUGGUAGUAGUAAUAGCAGUGGUGGAAGUGCAAAGGCAGCCUCCCCAAUGAGCAGUGUACCAACUGCUUCACCCUCUGCUAUAUCUAGUACAGCAGCAGCAGUAGCUGUGGCAGUAGUUGUCCCAUCUACUGCAGCAGUGUCUGCCUCCCCCUCCACUACUGCCUCCACCAUCACCACUUCAUCCUCUGGCUCAACAGUGGUCACUGGGGCAAAUGAUGAUAUUAACUCUCGGGUGGAUGGCCAGGUACCCUUACUAGGUACACAAGACAUUGCCAGUAACCUGAAGCGCCCACUUUUUGUAGCAACUGAUUUUGGUGGAGAGACAGGUGCUUCUGAUUUUGAGAGUGUGAGCCCAUCAAAACGCCAAAGAUAUUCCCCUGGACAGAAGUACAGUAAUGCGAGGAUUCUUGCGCAGACGAAAGGCCAGGCUGAGGUUUCACGGCUGCAAAAGACAGUUCAGGGGAGCCUGAACUCAACCUGGGGAGGCAGCCAGGAGAAACAGACAUCUCCCGUCACUGCCUCCAAUACUCCCCUGAUACAUCCGCCUCGCCUCCAGGCUGCUUUGCUACAAGUAUCGAAAUCUUCACCGCCUGCUGGCCUUUCCAGCAACAAUGCUAGUAAUAAUAGUAGUAGUAGUGGUAGUAGUAGUAGUAUUGGUAGUAGUAGUAGUGGUGGUAGCAAUCCGGAUGGUGGUGGUGGCGGCAACACUGAUGCCUGUAAGAACUCCCCACAUGCGAGUCAGUCUCGUGUUCUUGCUCAAUUGAAAGCACCGACCCAGUCACCUGCUUCUUGUGCUGCCAUUGUUGUCAAGUCUCAGGCAAAGUCAAAGUCACACAUCCGAAACAGCACUAAUUCCAACCAGUCGAAAACCACUAUAGCAACUACGCCUACAGAAUCAGACUCUGCUUCACCGUCCAACAAAUUUCAUACAAAUGUGUUUGCGUUGGUUGAUGAAGAGAAUCACAGUUCCUCUUCUUCCUCCUGCUUGGAUGGUCUUGCUUCUGUUCCACCUCCACGAUCAUCCAGUGCUCCACCGAGUACAUUAUCCAACAGCAAAAAUUCAAAACAGGUUGUUGAAAGCACUGCCACCGACAACAACAACAUGGGUCGGUCGGCAAGUGUUGAUGACAGCAUCAACUCCCUCUACAGCAAUAGCCAACAAAAAGAAAGCUCAUCGCCGUCAGCAUCUGACCAUAUGCCAGAUGAUGCUGUUGACGAUGCUGCUGACACUGAACACAAACUCAAUCUUUCACAAGAAGAGGUAAAUUUUUUAUCGCGAGCUGGCACUGCUACUGCUCCAGAACAGAAGGAGCCUCCAAGUAACUCAACUUCUGUUUCUACCGACGUACAAAGUAGUUCUCCUUCCCCAUUGUCCCACAACACCCUACUACCACCACCACCACCACCUUCAUCAUCCCUUCCCCUGUCAUCCACUACUACACCAUCAAACGUCGUGUCUGGCUGCCCCUCUCCCCAAACUCAGCAUUCCCCUAUGACCCAAAUCCUGCAGCCAGACUCAGUAGGCAGUGUCCAGAAUAUUGCUUUAAAUCUAGCUAACAAUGUGGAGGCACAUAUUUCCAGUCUUUUGAGCACACCCGUUUCCAUUAUUGCCACUACCACACCUGUGCAUGUGAUUGGGGCUACCAGUGUGGGCAACCCUGUGCAUGUGAUCCAGUCAACAGUGUUGCCCUCAGUAGUGGCAGCAGCAGCUGCUGCAGCCACUGCAGGUCCUGUGCCCAAUGGGGGCUGUGGCAUUGCUCAGUCCCCAAAUUGUGCUUGUAGCCUUAAGGCUAUGGUCAUGUGCAAAAAGUGUGGGGCAUUCUGUCACGACGACUGUAUAGGACCAUCAAGACUGUGUGUUACAUGUCUCAUUACUACGUGA